UGGAGAAGUCCUCAGAGUGGAGCUAAACCCCCUUAAGCUCAGGCAAAGGUGCGUUUGGGUCUUCUAACAAGAAGGUUGGACAUCUCUCAAGAGCUUCGGAGGGGUUUCAGCUUUGAGACUUCAGCGUCCCAGCCAUGUUCUCCUCAGUGGUCCCUUACAAGAACCAGCACUAUGCUGACCUGAAGCAGAACUGUAUCAGGGACAAGAUCCUCUUUGAAGAUCCAGAGUUUCCUGCCACCAAUUCAUCUCUGUAUUAUAGUAAACCCAUUCCUGGCAGGGUGGAGUGGAAACGACCAGGGGAGAUCUGCGAGUCACCUCACCUGUUUGUGGCGGGCAUCAGCUCUCAUGACCUGAACCAGGGGGAGGUGGGGAACUGCUGGUUCGUAGCUGCCUGCUCCUGUCUGGCUUUAAAGCCUCACCUCUGGCAGAAGGUAAUUCCAGACUGGAAGGAGCAGGAGUGGGACCCAAACCACCCAGGCAACUACGCCGGGAUCUUCCACUUUCAGUUCUGGAUCUUCGGUCAGUGGAUGGACGUGGUGAUCGACGACCGGUUACCUACGGUCAACGGACAACUCGUCUACUGUCACUCAAAGCAGAGACAGGAGUUCUGGAGCGCUCUGCUGGAGAAGGCCUAUGCCAAACUGUCUGGCUGCUACCAGUCCCUGGAGGGGGGAAAUACCGGAGAUGCUGUGGUGGAUUUCAGUGGAGCGGUAUCUGAAGCCAUUAACCUGGAGGAGGAGGCUUUCUACAACAAUCAGCAGAAACAAGAUAAGCUGUUUGAUGACCUGCUCAAAGUGUUUGACAGAGGAGGAAUCAUCAGCUGCUCCAUCAAGGCACACCCGGGUGAGAGAGAGCUAAGAAUGCAAAACGGGCUGGUGAAAGGCCAUGCAUACUCGGUAACGGCAGUGAAGCGAGUGCGCUUGGGUCACGGGCUUCUGGCCUACUUUAAAAAUGAAACCAUCCCCCUGAUCCGGAUGAGAAACCCUUGGGGCAAGAUUGAGUGGAAAGGAGCGUGGAGUGACGGCUCUGAGGAAUGGUCAAAGGUCGGUGACGCAGAGAGGGGCAACCUGGGCAUCACUGUGGAGGAUGAUGGAGAGUUCUAGAUGUCCUUCACAGACUGGUGUAAGUUCUACACGGAUGCAGAUGUCUGCCGUCUCAUGAACACUUCCAAGAUCAGCAUCCACAAGACGUGGAACGAGGUGGUGAACUUUGGGAGCUGGACCAAAAACUCUGACCCACUACUGAACCGCUGUGGAGGCUGCGCCAACCACAAGCAGACGUUCCUGCAGAACCCACAGUACCUGUUUGAUCUCACAAAAGAGGCUGAUGAGGUGCUGAUCUCCCUGCAGCAGAGAGACAUGAAGAUCCACAGAAAAUAUGGUCAAGGAGAAAAUCUAAGCAUUGGCUUCAGUGUGUACAGGGUGGAGCUGAACAGGAAGUAUCGUCUGCAUGACCUCCUGACCCAGCCGUGUGUGGAGAACUGCACCUACAUUAACGCUCGCACAGUGUUCAGGAGGAAAGUGCUGACGCAGGGCAGAUACAUCAUCAUCCCCACAACCUUCCAGCCUCAGGUCUUGGGGGAUUAUAUGCUACGGGUCUUCACUGAUGUCGACUCUGGCUGCAGGGAGUUGACUGCAGACAAGCCACAGAUCAAAUGCUGGAGUUCGAUCAUUGGCUACCCACAAGCUGUCACUCAUGUCUACGUCCACGGAGCUGAGGGACUCCAGAACCAGGACAGAACAGGAGGUGCUGACCCGUACGUCGUCAUAUACUGUGAGGGCAAAUCGGUGAAGUCCACCAUCAAGGCAGAUACUUUGAAUCCAGAGUUUGCAACCAGUGGUGUCUUCUACAGGAAAAAACCCAGGAAGCCUAUUACAGUGCAGGUGUGGAACAGCAACACAGUGAAGGAUGAAUUCAUGGGCCAGGUGGUGCUGCCUGGAUUGCCAACAGACAACUCCAGCCUUCAGAAGCUUCAGAUGAUGAAAAACAACCAGGAGAAGACCGAAGGCGUCAUCAGCCUGAGGAUCGUCACGUCGACUCAACUGACAGGGAUUUGAUCCCAUCAGACUGAACUUGUUACUUGUGGCAUUGUGAAAACCUCGUUUUAAAGUUUUUUUUUUUUUUUUUUUGAGCUAUAAGGUUUUUUGGGUGGGUUCUUUUUUAUUAACUUCUAGUUGUCAAUGUGCAUCUAAAACUUUUUUACCAAUGUUUUUAUAAAUGUAUUCUGUGAGACACAAAUCUUGAACAUUUAAAAAAAUAAAACAUUAAAACAUU